GUUAAAGGUGCGCACCGCGCGCUUCCUCCGCGUGCCGCGAGGAGGCGCCCUCCUACAGCGCCGGUGUGCAGCACGCGCCGCUCGUUGUGCGGUACGGUACUGUGGGGAAUAGGUCGCGUGAGCCGCAGGCAGCGUUUACCCGCCCCUCACUUUCCCUCACUUUCAGUCAUUUCGCCUCUUCUCUUCUCCGUUACGGGCGAUGGUCUUCGACGCGUCGCUUGAGCGCGCGGAUCACGGAACCUCGCACGCGCUCCACCGCAGGAGGCGCAGCAUCAGUACCGGCACCGGCAGCAGCAACCCGCUUUAACUGACUUCGGGAAAAAGUGAAGCGCGCGCGGCGGUCCGCUCUCGCCGGGCGCCUCACGCGCACUUUGGGUUACUUACUGAACUUGGCAUUGGCAGUUCAUCCACCACGCGCCUGGAUCGGACCGGACCGGACAGUGGAUCCUCAUCAUCAUUUGGACUCUACCGGACCUGUGUGAGACCAGCCUCGCGCCUCCGUUCCCUUACUUACCGGGGAAACGGUCACUGCUCUCCGGUGCGCGGGAGUGCGCGCGCACAACCUACUCUCUCUCUCACUCACAUUUACACAGAGAAACGCGCGCGGUGCGAGCACCAGCCACCAGCCAGCUUACCAGCCAUUCAUUCAGUCGCGCGCGUGGACCAUGCACGGGCGUACGGACGCGCGGACGUGGGGAGCCACAUGGAUGCUGCUGCUUCUGCUUCUGUUGCUGUACGCCGUGAUUAACGGAGCGCGCGCACAAGACGAUGUUCCCCCGUACUUCAAAAUGGAGCCGGUGGCGACCCAGGUGCACUUGGAGGGGAACCGCCUGGUGCUGACCUGCAUGGCGGAGGGCAGCUGGCCCCUGGAGUUUAAGUGGCUGUACAACGGCACGGAGCUGACACGGUUCUCGCUGGAGUACAGGUACCUCAUGCCGUCGCUGGACCGCUCGCACGCCGGCUUCUACAGGUGCAUCGUGAGGAACCGGGUCGGGGCUCUAAUGCAGAGGAGCACCGAAGUGCAGGUUGCCUAUAUGGAGGGCUUCGCGGAGGGCGAGCGCUCUCAGGUGGUCUCCCAGGGUGAGGCGGCUCUUAUCUAUCCCCCGCGGAUCCCCAGCUUCCCACGACCCCAGAUCACGUGGUUCCGGGACGGACGCAAGAUCCCCCCCAGCAGCCGCAUAGCUCUCACACUGGACAACACCUUGGUCAUCUUGUCCACAGUGGCGCCAGAUGCGGGACGCUACUACGCCCAGGCUGUCAACGACAAAAACGGGGAGAACAAGACCAGCCAACCAGUCGUUCUCAAUGUGGAGAAUGUGGGCGGGCCUGCAGACCCGAUCGCGCCCACCAUAAUCAUCCCCCCGAGGAACACCAGCGUGAUGGUGGGGACGUUUGAGGUCACUCUGGAGUGUGUGGCCAACGCCAGGCCUCUGAUUAAGCUCAGUAUAACAUGGCGUAAGAACGGCGUGGUGGUUAACCGAGGCCUGAGGGACUUCGGGCGGCGGCUGACCAUCAGCGGGCCGCUGGUCAGUGACAGCGGCUACUACGAGUGCGAGGCGUCGCUGCGCAGCAGCAGCGUGCCGUCUGUCACUGCUGGAGCUUAUCUGCACGUGCUCGAGCAUCCUCAGUUCGUGAAGGAGCCGGAGAGACACAUCACCGCUGAGAUGGAGAAGGUGGUGGACAUCCCCUGCCAGGCCCGUGGUGUUCCUCAGCCAGACAUCGUGUGGUAUAAGGACGCCGUUCCCAUAAGCCCAGUGAAGACCCCGCGCUACCGGGUGCUGGUGGGCGGCAGUCUGCAGAUUAACGGGCUGCUGCCGGACGACACCGGCAUGUUCCAGUGCUUCGCCCGCAACCUGGCCGGAGAGAUCCAGACCAACACCUACUUGGCCGUCACCAGCAUCGCCCCGAACAUCACCGCUGGGCCGCAGGACAGCGCCGUGAUCGACGGCAUGUCCGUCAUUCUGCACUGCGAAACGUCUGGAGCGCCGCGUCCCGCCAUCACGUGGCAGAAAGGUGAGCGUGUGCUGGCCAGUGGAUCCGUACAGCUUCCCCGCUUCACCCUGCUGGAGUCAGGCAGCCUAUUGGUCAGCCCCUCUCACCUGUCGGACGCUGGCACCUACACCUGCAUGGCCAGCAACUCGCGCGGCAUCGACGAGGCUGCCGCCAACCUGGUGGUGUGGGCUCGAACCCGCAUCACCAGCCUUCCCCAGGACCAGAGCGUCAUCAAAGGCACCAAAGCCACGAUGUCCUGCGGCGUGACCCACGACCCCAGCGUCACUGUCAGGCACGUCUGGGAGAAAGGUGGUCUGGCUAUAGAUGUGAAGUCCAGCCCGCGGCUACGCGUGGACCCCAACGGCACCCUCCACAUUUCCCAGACCUGGUCAGGGGACAUCGGCACCUACACCUGCAGGGUGACCUCAGUGGGGGGCAACGACUCGCGCAGUGCUUACCUGAGAGUCAGGCAGCUGCCCCACUCCCCAGAGAACCCCGUGGCCACGUACAGCUCUACCGAGAAACGCUCAAUCAAUCUGACUUGGGCGCAGGCCUUCGACGGCAACAGCCCCCUAAUCCGCUACAUCCUGGAGGUGUCGGAGAACAAUGCUCCAUGGACGGUGCUCCUUGCCAACAUAGAACCAGAGGCCACCAGUAUUGCAGUGGGUGGCCUCAUCCCGGCACGCUCCUACCAGUUCCGCCUGUGCGCUGUCAACGACGUGGGCAAGGGCCAGUUCAGCAGAGAGACAGAGCGACUGACGUUGCCCGAGGAGCCGCCCAGCGCCCCUCCCCAGACGGUCAUCGCCAGCGGUCGCACCAACCAGUCCAUCAUGAUCCAGUGGCAGCCUCCCCCAGAGAGCCACCAGAACGGCCCGCUGCAGGGCUACAUUAUCAGGUACUGUCUCUCAGGUCUACCAGUGGACUGCCAGAUUAAAAACAUCACCAACCCAGACCAGACUAACCUCCUACUGGAAGACCUGAUCAUCUGGACCAAUUACGAGAUCGAGGUGGCCGCCUACAACGGCGCGGGUCAGGGGGUCUUCAGCCAGAAGGUCACAGAGUGGACCCUACAGGGAGUGCCCACGGUCCCCCCGGGCAAUGCGCAGGCCGAAGCUGUCAACUCCACCACAGUUCGCUUCACGUGGAGCGCCCCGAGCCCACAGUUUAUCAAUGGCAUCAACCAGGGCUACAAGCUGCUGGCCUGGGAGCCGGGUCACGAGGAGGACACGGCCAUGGUGACAGUGAGGCCCAACUUUCAGGACAGUGUGCAUGUGGGAUACAUCAGUGGACUGAAGAAGUUCACAGAGUACUUCACCUCGGUGCUGUGUUUCACCACACCUGGGGACGGACCCCGCAGCCCUGCACUGCGCGUCCGCACACACGAGGACACCCCGGGGCCAGUGGGCCACCUGAGCUUCACCGAGAUCCUGGACACAUCACUCAAAGUGAGCUGGAAAGAGCCGCAUGAAAAGAAUGGUCUUCUCACAGGCUACCGCAUCUCCUGGGAGGAGUUUAACCGCACCAACACGCGAGUCACGCACUACCUGCCCAACCUGACGCAGGACUACCGCGUCACCGGCCUGACCGCCCUCACCACCUACACCAUCCAAGUGGCCGGCAUGACCUCCAAGGGUCAGGGCCAGCUCUCCUCAUCCACUAUAUCCUCUGGAGUGCCUCCAGAAAUGCCAGGACCUCCCACCAACAUCGCCAUCUCCAAUAUUGGCCCGCGAUCAGUGGCGCUGCAGUUCAAACCCGGCUAUGACGGCAAGACCUCCAUCUCCCGCUGGGCUGUGGAGGCUCAGAUCGGAGUGAUAGGGGAGAAUGAGGAGUGGGUCACGGUUCAUCAGCUGUCUAACGAGCCUGAUGCUCGCUCUCUGGUGGUGGAGGGACUCAACCCCUACACCUUCUACAGGUUCCGAAUGCGGCAGGUAAACAUAGUGGGCACCAGUCCUUCCAGCCAGCCCUCCAGGAAGAUCCAAACCCUGCAGGCUCCCCCAGACAUCGCCCCCGCCAACGUCACCCUGAGGACGGCCAGCGAGACCAGCCUCUGGCUGCGAUGGGUGCCGUUACCUGAGUGGGAGUAUAACGGUAAUCCGGAGCUGGUGGGCUACCGGGUGCAGUACUCUCGGGUCGGAUCUAAAGGAGGAGUUCUGAACCACGUUAUCUCAGACCGGCUGGAGAGAGAGUUCACUAUAGAGGACCUGGAGGAGUGGACGGAGUACGAGGUCCGCGUGCAGGCCAUCAACGGCAUCGGGUCCGGACCCUGGAGCCAGCCGGUCCAUGCCAGAACCAGAGAGUCAGUGCCUUCCAGUGGUCCGGCCAACGUUUCUGCUUUUGCCACAACUUCCAGCAGCAUCCUGGUCCGUUGGGGGGAGGUGCCAGAACCUGAUCGUAAUGGACUUAUUCUGGGAUAUAAGGUGGUGUACAGAGAGAAAGACUCAGACUCAGUUUUGCAUUUCUGGACGGUGGAGGGGAACACCAGUCACAGUGUUCAGCUGACCGGUCUGGAUAAGUACGUCCUGUACGAGAUCCAGGUUCUGUCCUUCACGCGUAUCGGAGACGGCGCCCCCAGCUCAUUCCCGAUCCUGGAGCGCACUCUGGAUGACGUUCCCGGACCCCCAGUAGGAAUCCUGUUUCCUGAGGUCAGAACCAAUUCGGUCCGGCUCAUCUGGCAGCCCCCGGCCCAGCCCAACGGCAUAAUCCUGGCUUAUCAGAUCACCUACAGGAGAAACUCCUCCAACAGCAACUCGGCCACCGUGGACGUGCUCAGCCCCAGCGCUCGUCAAUACACGGCCACCGGACUCAAAGCCGAGAGCGUUUAUGUGUUUCGCCUAACAGCCCAGACCAGGAAGGGCUGGGGGGAGGCGGCUGAGGCGCUGGUGGUCACUACAGAAAAGAGAGCUCGUCCACAGCCCCCGAGUCGGCCCGUAGUCCCCCAGGAGGACGUGCAGGCCCGCAGUGUGCUCCUCUCGUGGGAACCAGGCAGUGAUGGCCUGUCUCCAGUCCGCUACUACACUGUACAAUACAAAGAACUGCCCAACAACAACUGGACUGUCCAUUCAGCAUCAGUCAACCAUGAGGCCAGCUCUUAUAUAGUGGACAAACUUAAACCGUUCACCUCCUACCAGUUCCGUGUGAAGGCCACUAACGACAUUGGGGACAGCGAGUACAGCCAGGAGAGCGAGGCUAUCACCACGCUGCAGGACGCUCCAGACAAAGCCCCCACAAUCCUUUCCGUCACGCCGCACACCACCACCUCCGUGCUGGUCCGCUGGAAGCCCCCCUCCGAGGAGCAGAUCAACGGCAUCCUGCUGGGUUUUCGUGUUCGGUACCGAGAGCUGCACUACGACCGCCUGCGCAGCUUCACCGUCCGCACCGUCAACAGCCCCGCCGCCAACUGGGCAGAGCUCACGGCUCCGUACAGCGUCAGGAACCUGAGUGAAUCCUCACUCACCCAGUACGAGCUGGACAACCUGAGUAAACACAAGCGCUACGAGAUCCGACUCAGUGUGUACAACGCUGUGGGGGAGGGGCCUAUCAGCUCACCACAGGAAGUGUUUGUUGGAGAAGCAGUUCCAACGGCUCCACCUCAAAACGUAGCUGUCCAGUCCUCCACCGCAACCCAGCUGGACGUCACAUGGGACCCUCCGCCACUGGAGGCUCAGAACGGAGACAUUCAGGGCUAUAAGAUCUAUUACUGGGAGUUCCAGCUGCAGAAUGAGACAGAGCGGCUGAGGACGCUGUUCUUGCCUGAGCUGGGGGUCAAGCUGAAGAAUCUGACCGGCUACACCACGUACAUGAUCAGCGUGGCUGGAUUCAACGCCGCCGGGGAUGGCCCUCGCUCUCCACCCACCAGAGGGCGCACUCAGCAAGCAGCUCCCAGCGCUCCCAGCUUCAUCCACUUCAGUGAGCUCACCACCACCUCAGUCAACAUGUCGUGGGGAGAGCCCAAGCAGCCGAACGGCAUCAUCGAGGGCUACCGGCUGGUGUACGAGCCGUGCACGCCCGUCGACGGUGUCAGUAAGGUUGUUACAGUGGAUGUGAAAGGCUCUGCUCCUCUGUGGAUGAAAAUCAAAGAUCUGGCAGACGGGGUGACUUACAACUUCCGCAUCCGUGCCAAAACCCUGACCUACGGGCCAGAGGUGGAGGCCAACAUCACCACGGGGCCAGGAGAAGGGGCUCCUGGACCUCCAGGUGAGCCGUUUAUCUCUCGCUAUGGCACAGCCCUCACCCUCCACUGGACCAGCGGUGACCCAGGCCGAUCCCCCAUAACACGCUAUGUCAUAGAAGCCAGACCAUCCGAUGAAGGAUUAUGGGACAUCCUUAUCAAAGACAUCCCAAAAGAGGUGACAUCCUACACUCUGAACCUGGACAUGCUGCGAGAGGGGGUCACCUACGACUUCCGCGUCAUCGCAGUCAACGACUACGGCUACGGUUCCCCCAGUGCUCCUUCUCCUUCCAUAUCUGCUCAGAAAGUCUCUCCGUUUUACGAGGAAUGGUGGUUUCUGGUGGUGAUAGCGCUUGUAGGCCUGAUCUUCAUCCUCCUUCUGAUCUUCAUCCUCAUCAUUCGUGGGCAGAGUAAAAAAUACACCAAGAAGACAGAUUCAGGUGGUCACUCAAACUGCACGUCUCUGCCCCUCUCCCACGGAGAGAUGAUGAGGCUGGACGAGGGCCGAUUCCCAGCGCUGGAGCUCAACAACAGACGCCUCUCUGUCAAAAACUCCUUCUGCAGAAAGAACGGCAUCUACACUCGGUCUCCACCGCGGCCCAGCCCGGGCAGUCUGCACUACUCUGAUGAAGACGUCAGCGCUAAAUGCAAUGACCUGAUUCCAGCCGAAAGCAGCAGCCUGACUGAGAAACCCUCUGAGGUGUCAGACUCACAGGGCAGCGACAGCGAAUACGAGAUGGAUCCCAACCGACAGAAAACCCACUCCUUUGUCAACCACUACAUCAGUGAUCCCACCUACUACAACUCGUGGCGGCCAGCAGAAGGGCGUCUCCCGGCCCCCGGCGUACGGCUACGGGCAGCCCGACGGCGUGGCGGAGCCGGAGUCCCGCCCGCACCCUCCACCUCUGCCCCCGCUGCCCCCUCUACUGCCCCACACCGCGCCUUCCCCGCAGCCCCAGGGCCAGGGCACGCUCUUCAGGCCCAAAGGCAGCCGGACUCCAACACCUUCGCUGCUGUCCUCCGAGACCCACAGCCAGCACACCCUGUACCGGCCCCCCAGCAGCCUGGGAGCCUCCACCCAGACGCCUGCCACGGGCUUCUCCUCCUUCGUUUGAUACAAGACUCUUGUUUCAGUGACCCGCAAUCACAGCAGCAGCACACCUGGCCACCUAGUGCUGGCUGGGUCCAGGGACUCUCCACCCUCUCCACCACCAUGUCUGCUGCUGGUUGUUGGGGUUUGUUCGGUUUCUUUUUUUUCUUUUUUUUUUUAAAGAUAUUAUUAUUAUUUAUAGAGGUGUUACUCAGUGUUGAACAAACUUGCUGGCUGCUUUUUUUUUUCAUUUUAUUUCCCCCCCCUUUCCAUCAUGAGUGUAUGUACCAUGACUGCAAUUGCCGGAGUGCGCGAGUGUACGAGCAUUGGGAAAGCAGACAAUCAUUCUGAAUCUGAAUCAGUCACGAAUGCGCGAAAGUGUUGCUCUUUGAGAUAAAGCAUAUUCCCUCAGCCGUUCACUUCAGACGAACUGUUCGUCAGAGAUAUUUCUGAACUGCAAAAAAAAAACAUAUUAAGAGCUGUCAGAAGAUAUUUUUAAACCUGAAAAAAAAGCAGAAUUUAUGAGAUUUUGAAAAAGAGAGACCAGACACAACAGAGACAACAGAGAUAACAGAGGAAAUUCAAGCUAGGCUUUGCAUGUAAUGCAGCAUAUUAGCAUAUUAUAAGUGAUGCUCAGCGUCGGUGUACAGAAAUCACUGGGAGUUUUGUGUGACGUUCAUUUGAAUUCAUUGCAUUCAUCCAGUCACGUCGGAAUGUGACAGACAGCACUUUGCUCUAAGCGUAUGAUAAACACAGCUAAAUGUUUUGGUUGGGCAACAAGAGGAUAUCGUCGAUGUACAAUAAAAAAAAGAUGUAUCUCCAGAAUUAAGAGGAAAUUACCUUCACUUUGAAUGGAGGUAAAUGUAAAAUAAGAUUUUAUUCUUAUUAGGUAAAGAAAAAUGGAGAUACAUGUUUUUCUUUGGACAGCAGCGUUAUGAUUGUAGAAUAUUUUAGAACACGUUUCAGUUUUAAAUGAUGGUUUAAAACCCUUUAUUCUUAGUUAUAAAUUUCCAGUUUCCAGUUAUAAAUCAACCUUGAGCUUUUACCUGAGCUUUGCUAAGCUAGUUGAGACUACACAAAAAACUAGUUGGUUUUGUGGUGUCGCUGUGUUUUGUCACGCAAAAGGUAUGGUUGUUUUCAUAGUCUUGGGUUAAAAAAAAAGGUGCUUUCCCUGGAAAAGGCUGGUCAGGUGUGCCUGAGGACCAUUUACAGGCUGUCCCUCAUCACAUGAACCUGUCACGUCAACUCUCCCUCGGCACCUUGGACGGCAGGGAACCGCGCUCUGGAAACCAGGCUCUGAGAGCCCAGCUCUGGGAACCUGAACGCUCGGUUCACCUGGUACUCUGGAACAAAUGGCUCUGGAAAAAGCAGUAGGGUAUUAUUAUUAUUAUUUCUGUGAAAUGAAAUGAGGACGUUACACCAGUGGACGCUGUGAUCAUGCACCUGAUGUUUGCUAUCGUGUGGAUGACACGUGUGGGUGAGAGCGUGCAGCAAUUAAAAAAAAAACUGGACGUCGCAACUGCAUCAAAAGAAUCCACUGCCCUUGUUUUUCCGCCGAUUUGUACAGAAAACGUCACAAACUAAUAAAGACAAAAACAAGUCCACAAGUCCACAUCUGUCCGCAUGUGUUGGAAUCACACUCAGAGAACAGAUUCAGAGAACAGAUGACCCCCUCCCCAAGCCCUCCCCCUCCCAGCAUCUCACCAAACCAACGACUGAAAGACUGCAAACCGGUGUCUGUUCCUUCUUUUUUGCGUUGUAUGUGUUUCUCUGAAUAUAUUGUAGAAUGUGUUUUUACAGUUCACAGUGUGACACCGUGUACACAUAUGGCUACAUGUACGGCAGCAGAUAUGCUUAAUUUAUUUAUGAUCGUUUGAUCAUCUGCUUUUAUAUUCCAACUCGAAAAGGUGAAAAGCGAAAGUGCCGACUCCACGCGGAAAUUCCUUCAGAAAAAAAAAAAAGAACUGACGGACUGGGAUUAGCGAUAAAUCACGAUCCACACACGAUCUCCUGUCUUGUUCCCUGUGAAGUGACCAUCACUGUACGAAUCCUUUAAGGAAUUAUAACGGGCCAGCUCAUGGUUCUUUUCCAAAAUAAAUUAUUUUAUUUUUCA